CCUCACACACACACAGAUAUAAUACUUCAUCUUUACACUGUGUCCGUUUUAAAUGUUGAAUAUUAAUGUGUAUUAUUAUGAAGUUUAUUCUUUAUGAACGGAUUUUACUCUUUUCCCAAAAUACAAAACUGUAACUCGCCCCCGAUGCGCACUGACAACUGCGAUAUAUUGUGUAACCGAAAACCACCACGUGCCUAUCCGUCACACACACACACACACACACACACCAACGUGAUGUUAUUGGAUCACCUUGAAUUACCCUUUCUCUCUUUUAGUCUCAUCUCUCUCUCUUUUAGUCUCAUCUCUCUUCUUCUCUCUCUCUCUCUCUCUCUCUCUCACACACACACACACGCACAUUUCCUUUUUCUUUCUGUCUACCUUUCCUCUUCUCUUUUCCUCCUCCCGUUCUCCUGCGCUCUCCCUCUCUCUCUCUCUCUCUCUCUCUCUCUCUCUCUUUAGGAUGAACAGAUGAAGCCCAUCAUGAGUCUCUCGCUCCCUAAAAGCGACUCCACCGCUUCUCUGCUCAGAUCUUCCGCAGCAGACCGGAGAUCUCGAGCCCCGGACGAGCCGCUCUGGAGCCCCGACAGUGACGCGAGCUCGCGCCGUCCGCUCUGUCACCCGGCGCUGCUGCUGCCUUCACCGCCGGACCGGAAGCGCGUGGCGGGGAAGAUUCAGCCCAGACUGCGGGACGACGCACCGGAGCGGACAGACGCGAGCGGCGACGGCGGCGGUAACGGUAGUGGCGGGAAAGAGCGCAAGACAUCCAGACACGCGCACCGACACCACCACCAUCAUCACCAUCAUCAUAACAAUCACCACCACCAUCAUCAUCAUCAUCAUCACCAUCACCGGUCCGCGCGGGACGACCUGCCGCACGAGCACCGCACGAAACAUCCUCACGGUGCUCGCGUGCCCAACAGGACUCGGUCUUUCUCCGAGGGCUCUGAGGAGACGCCCUCCACUUCCUCCUCCACCUCGCUUCUGUUCUUCCAGUCCCCACGGACACACCGGCGGUCAUCCGGAGCCGCGGGACCAGCGCGCGACCACGACAUUGGCGGCUCGUGCUCCCCGGUGCCCAAAGCCUCUACCGGCGCAGCAUCUUCCGACUCAGACUUCAAACUGAGGCCCAUCCUCAACUCCGUGUUCGGACAGGAUAGAAAACUGAGACCUGAGGAGAUUGAGGAACUCCGUGAAGCCUUUAAAGAGUUUGAUAAAGAUAAGGACGGUUUUAUCAGCUGUAAAGACCUGGGGAACUGUAUGAGGACGAUGGGUUACAUGCCGACUGAAAUGGAGCUGAUUGAACUGAGUCAACAGAUCAACAUGAACCUUGGAGGUCGUGUGGACUUUGAUGACUUUGUGGGUCUGAUGGGGCCAAAGCUUUUGGCAGAAACAGCAGAUAUGAUCGGCGUGAAGGAGCUCAGAAACGCCUUUAGGGAGUUCGACACUAACGGUGAUGGAGAGAUCAGUACAAGUGAGCUGAGGGAAGCUAUGAGGAAACUGUUAGGCCACCAGGUGGGACAUCGAGACCUGGAGGACAUUCUGAAAGAUAUCGACCUGAACGGAGAUGGAAGAGUGGACUUUGAGGAGUUUGUGCGCAUGAUGUCCCGAUGAAGGCGCCAAAACUUUUGCACAUCGCACAUUAAAUCAUGACCCCUGACUUCCCGCUGGUUGGAGGAGAAGAGAUGAGACGAGGAACGUUUAAAACGUUUAUCACGUGCGAUAUGCAUUCGUUCUGAUCGUCCAAUAAGCGAUCGUCUUACAGGAACGUGCACGUGAAAGCGUUUUAUUGCGGCUCCGAGAAGAACCACACUGUUGUGAAGAAAAGCUUUAAUGAGCCUGAAAAAGAGGAACUGGAAGAAAACACACACACACACACACACACACACGUUGUAGCCGAGUGGUUCUGCACUUUUAAACCUUGUCUCGUGUCCAUCUUUACGUCAUAGAGAGCCGAAGUUCUCUCGUUAAUCACGGCAAUAUCGCGUCUGUCUUUAUUUGUCGUGUUUGCGUAUCAGUGAGUCCCAGUCGCGUCAUAGACUCUGAAAUCAUCCUCACACUAGUUUAAAGUCCUUCUCUGUGAUCAUUUAUUAUCACUCGUAACGUCUCCAGGAGGAUUCAGGUGUUUACACGUAACAGUAAAGUUCCUUCAGGAGGAAACUCUGUACCACUGCCACUUUCUUCUUCACUAAUCACAGAGUGUGCCUUUACAACCAAGCCGCCCUGGUGUGUGACGUCACAACACGCCCCACCCCCAUAUAAACACGUAUACACUUCCUCUGGACUCUUAAAGGGACGUGCAACGCAAAAUAAAAUGUCUACAGUUUCGCUUAAAUCCACGUCCACUCACGUUGACUUAGAUCUUUAUCACGCUAUUUGUCUCAGUAAAACAAUUUGUACACAUCAACAGCCUCAAUAAAUAUUAUUAUAUAAAAAACGUUUACAUCAAAGUAACAUAAAAGGAUUACCUCUUUUAAUACCAGUGAGCGUUUAUACAGUAAUCAGCACCCCCUGGUGGUUGUGAUGAGAAGUGUACACUGCAGUUGCUUUAUUUUCUUUACAUAUGUUUGUACUAUUUUACAGCCAUUAGCUAAGCAUUAGCAAACAUUUUCUUUAAAAAUAAAAUGGUAGAGUGUAUGAAAAAGUUAAAUUUUAAAUUUUUUUUAACAAAAAUGUUUGCUAAUGCUUUGCUAAUAUAUGUAACAGCCUUCAGAGGAAGAAAAAAAUCAUUGCGAAGAUUUGGAGCUGCAGGUGUAGAUUUAUUCACACAUACAGACUUGAUAAACUGCCUACUGAUAAAGCGGUAGCUCUAUUCUUCUGUUCAUUAUCAACUACAGUAGCCUGUUAGCUGCAGUACAAAAUUAACUAAGAGAAAAACUGUGGACGUUUUAUUAUUUUUUUCACAAACUGUUCCAAUUUUUUGAUCUUUGCUUUCAUGACAUUGUGAAUUCAUCAGUGUCUUUCUAAAUGCUAAAUCGAUAAUCCUACUGGAUGAGUGAAUUACCUAUGAUGUAUGGAUUAGCAUAAAAUCGUGGGUUAAACUGCACAUUCCGAUAGUUCAGCAUUAUUACAGCCAAUGACCCAAACACAGCAAUGCAUUAACGUUAGCCUGAAGGCAAGCGUCUCACGUUAGCUAUCUCAUGGUGUAUAGCAAGCCAAGUCAUAAGCAAGCAAGCUAACAUUAGCCAAACCAUGCAUCAUUUCAUACUAAACACGACAUUAAGUUAUGGUGAUGAUGUCAUGUGUUUAAGUCUGUGAUUGAGUGAUUUCAGUUUAACUUAAACUCCGGCCAAAACUGACUUGUAACAUUCAGGAAAAGCCGCCAUUUUGAAAAAGGAAACUGUCAGAAGGUGCAACAAAACCUUCUGAGGACACUGUCCUCCUGAAGCUGAGGGAGAUGUUAGCCGACUCCUUUGGCCACAUUUUAGCUGAGGUAAUAAUGAUGGUGGAUAAAUUCGUGUGACCAGGCGGAAGCAAACGAGUGUGAGAGAGAAAAGCAGAAAUGAAACGCAGCCUUUACUGACACGUGAACACGUCACUGAACACGUCACUAAACACGUCACUGGACACGUCACUGAACACGUCACUAAACAAGGUUUCCUGAAAAAACUAAAAUGAUGAAACUGUUGUGUGGACGCUGAAUGAGGUCUGAUCUCUGUGUCUGCGUGUUCACUGAGACGUCGUGGGUUUCAUCUUAACGUCGUUUUAACGUCACUUCAACGUAACUGUCACUUUGAUGUUAUGACGUUUGUGUCGUCAUCUCGUCACGUAUUCGGCGUUAGAAAUGCGAUCGGUUUUAUUUCCUGCAUGCCAAAAAAAACACCUGCACUCACGAUGUACCGGAGCGACUUUAAUAAAAUACAGCAAAUAAAGUCUACGAAUAAUUCACAA